GUUUCAUGUGAGCCAGUGACGUCACUGCGGCUCGGCCUCUAAUGGUCGGACAACAACAAUCCUGAACCAGCAGCAAACUUGCUCAAACUUCUAAAAAGGGAGAAGAAACUUUACGUUCAAGCGCAAACGCCGAGUUAGUAUUUUUGUGUUAACGUUAAAGUACAAAUGUGGAGCCGCUAAUGGACCCGCGAUAUGACUUUCCGCGGAGGGCCGGCGGCGGCAGCGGCAGUCCUGCCACCUCCUCGCCGGCCGUGGGAGCUCUGUCUCGCCGCAGGAAGACACCGCCCAGGCCCGCGGACUUUAAGCUGCAAAUCAUCAUCAUCGGCUCCCGCGGUGUGGGUAAAACCAGCUUAAUGGAGCGUUACACCGACGACACCUUCUCCGAGGCCUGCAAGUCCACCGUAGGAGUUGAUUUCAAAAUCAAGACAGUGGAGCUGAGAGGGAAGAAGAUCCGUCUGCAGAUAUGGGACACGGCGGGCCAGGAACGCUUCAACAGCAUCACGUCAGCUUACUACCGCGGCGCCAAAGGAAUCGUGCUGGUGUAUGACAUCACAAAGCAGGAGACUUUUGAAGACCUCCCUAAGUGGAUGAAGAUGAUCGACAAGUAUGCAUCUGAGGAGGCAGAGCUCCUCCUGGUGGGGAACAAGUUGGACUGCGAGAGUGAUCGUGUCAUCUCCAGACAACAAGGAGAGAGGUUUUCCUCUCGAAUAAGUGGCAUGCGUUUCUGCGAGGCGAGCGCCAAGGAUAACUGUAACGUGAACGAGAUCUUCCUCAAGCUGGUGGAUGACAUCCUCAGCAAGAUGCCGCUGGAGGUUCCCAACAAGGAGCUCUCUGGCAGCCUUUUGUCUCUGCAGCCCGAACCUGAAGUGCCUCCAGAGUUGCCCCCUCCUCGCAUGCGCUGCUGCUGAGUCCCAUGUACACACACACACACAGACACACACACACACACACACACACACACACACACACACACACACACACACCCACCCAACAUCCUUUACGUGCAGUGUGUUAAACUGAACACCAUGGGGCAGCAGCGAUUUGGAAGUGUUGCUCUCCAAAACUAACAGCUGGGUGGUAAUGACACUCCUUGACAUCCUUUACCCAGACUACCUCAUGUUCCAGCUCGCUGUGCGCCCGCCCACAUGUGCCUUUGAGGUAGCCAAACCCCCACUUUUUCCUUGCUGUUAGUUUAGACAACUUUCAUUCCGGGUCCCUUCAUUUUGUACAUCACCCUGCAGGAGUGAGACGUGGACUUGAAGUUACAAAAAGCACACUUGUAUUUGUUGUUGAUGGGGAAGCAUAGUCAGGUGUGUUACUGCACUGCACAGUCGCAGGUAGGUGGCCUUUAAGUAUUAGAUUAGUUUGGAAUGGCUGUCAAAGAAUUUGUUAAACAUUGAUCGCAAUCAAGCUGGCACAUGACCAGGCAGCAGGAAAUUGAUCGCCGUGGCAAACUAUUACUCCAAGUCUUAUUAGACUGGCUUUCAAUAUUUUCAAAACUCUUCCUUUUUUUGCAGAGAGUGUUUGAGUGACUCAGGAGACCCGCUUCAUUAUUUCAUGGAGCAGCUUCUUCUGCUGCUGCUAUGAGGGAAGUCCAAUGUUUCUUUGUCUUGUAUCAUUUGGACCAGAGUGGGACAUCCCAUCCCCUGCACAUUUAAAAAAACUAAACAGUCUAUGCACGAGUCCUCCAAAUAUCUGUUUAAUGUUCUUAGACUGUUUCUUUCUUUCUUUCUUCCUUUCUUUGUUUUUAGCACAGUAGCUCAAUUGAUGCUUGGAUGCGGCUUGGUAUAAUUUUUGUAAGGUUAAGUUCAUACUUUUGGGGGAACGGUUUUGCCAAAUUAAAAGUUACCAAUGUGACCAUCAAUGGUUGGUUACCUUUUAGAACUUUUGUGACACGAUUUUGACACUAAUCCGCAUGUUGUCAACAUUGCAGCGCUAUUACCGCUUCUGUCUUUUAAAACUUUUUUUUUUUGAACCACAUACAAAUUAAGGCGACGUGUUUGCUAUUAAAAGUGUUAAAAAAUAUCUUGUAAGAGGUUUGGACUUGUUAUGAUUGGACUUUAUGUGCUAUUUAUAACUUUUGGCAUUGUGGAACUAAUGAAAUUAAAGAUGUCUAUAUUUAUUACCAACUUUUA